AGUUGGUAAAAAAUUUGGAAAUAGUUUUAAAUUUAAAAGUAAGCGCAUAUUACAGGAAACUGUGGAUAUUGUUGGAAAUAUUUUGCAGCAACAGAAGCGCACUCAGAACGUCUGCAAGAUAUGCUUGCUGCAGCCACAAUAACAACAACUAUUGAUAAAAAACUUGCACAGAUAAGAGUGUAAAUCAGACAAUACACGUACAUUGUACAUAGCAUUCAAUAUGCUGUCUUAUAUCAAACGAAAACUCUCUGAAUCGGACGCCAGUGGCGCGAACGCUAACGCGAGCGCCAACGGCAGUACGAGCGUGAAAGCAAGCGCGUGCAUUAGCGGCCAAAAUAGUAGCAAAGUAAACACCGAAGAUAUUUUGCGCAAGACAAGUCAAAUGUCGCUCAAUAACGAAGUUGUUCCCGUUGGUGAGGAUGCGCUUCUUCACGAGCUGGGAUAUCGGAACGCAACAGACCUGCAGGAGACGAUUUAUGAUCUCUUGCGCAGCAUACGCGAUCCGGAGAAGCCAUGUACGCUGGAGGAUUUGAAUGUAGUUUGGGAGGAAGGUAUCUUUGUGAUGCCCCCAACUCGAUCAAAUGUGUCUGUGGUUCGCAUUGAAUUCAAUCCAACAGUUCCACAUUGCUCGUUGGCAACAUUAAUUGGCCUUUGUAUACGUAUCAAAGUCGAGCGUGGACUGCCCCACAAUAUCAAGUUAGAUAUUUACAUAAAAAAAGGUGCACAUCAAACAGAGGAGGAGAUUAACAAACAAAUCAAUGACAAAGAACGGAUUGCAGCUGCCAUGGAAAAUCCCAACUUAAGAGAGCUAGUAGAGAACUGCAUAAAGGAUGAAGAGUAGAGCGCAUGGAAUGUGAUUUGUGUAGACUAGACUUUAAAUUUAAAAUAAGCGACUUUUUUGUAUUGAUAACUUCUGGUAAAUUGUUAUAUGCCUGCAA